AGCCAGCGUCGCUAGGUCUGCUGCCGCUUCCCUGGUGGCUGCAAGCUCAUCACGAGCGUUUUGAGAGGCAUCCAGGCGGUCGGACGGACGGGUGCUUGGCGCACAGGAAGAAGUGUCGGCAGAACAGGUCAAGUGAGAGACAGAAGGAUGGAUGCACACACCCUCAAUGCGUGGACGCGCUUUGCGCUCCAAAAGGGCGGCAUCGGCAAAUGCACUGCCCUCAUCGACAAUCCUGCAACUGACCAGGAUGACUUGAUGUUCAUGACCGGCGAAGAGAUCAUCGUACUCCGCAGGCUCGACGAGGAUGAGAGCGGCGUCAAGAGACGGUCCGGCAUGCCGGAUGCAGAUUCAUGGUUCUUGGGCUACUGCGAAGGCGUCGUCGGGCGCUUCAAGGGCGCGCACGUCCAGUUCCACGGCAAGCUCAAGAAGCCAGUGCUGAUGCGGCGAAGCGGCGUGGGGAGCGUGCGCGACGCGUCUACACGGCCUAUGUCGAAGUCGGACCUUUUCAACAUGCACGUGUCCCAGGUCCCGCCCGGUAUGCCCAUCACCGCCGUCAACUCGGACGGCGAAGAGGGCGGUAGCUCCAGCAGCGGACACCAAUACCGCCAAAACGGUAGCAACGGCCAUGGAUCUGUGGCAGCGGCUCCAGGGCAACACCACCGCACUGAUCCCGUAUCCGCUGCGAGCGCCGCGCUCAAUGGGUAUCGGGGUAUGAUGGCCACGACGCCGACCAAGGCGUCCUACUCACAGGGGUUGACGAGCAACUGCAUCAACCGCGCCGGGCUCGGCAUCACCACGCCGCCGCUCUCGGACGAGACGCACCGGCGCACCGGCAGCGCCUCGCAUCUCGGCGGCGACGAUGAGGACGGGGACCAAUCGGAAGAGUCGGAGUCAGCGCUGCCGUGGGCCCGGCGUAGCAUUGCAAGUAGCACCGAGGACACACCAUCGCAGUCGCUCUCCGAGUCGGCCAUAACGGCGUCGCACGCUGCUAGCGUCGGCAGCAAUCAGCAAACGCAGCGCAAUCACAACCAGCACCAGCAGCGAUACCCAGGCGGUGGGGGUGGUGUCGAUGGCCAGGCGGGUCUCACGAGCAUGGCACAUCUCAAUACCGCCAUCUUGCCGCCCUCGCCGAUCUCCUCGAACGAGUCGCCCAUCCAUCGGCGCUCCAACGACGGCGGCGGCGCGAAUGGCCUGUACUCCUCGAGCCAGUACCCGUCCAGCAACGGCUACGGAGGGCCGGGCGGCGCGGGCCGCCCGCGCGCACACGGCCACACCAGCAAGUCGCUCUCGGGCAGCUCAUCGCGCUCUAACGCGACGACCGACUCUGAGGAUGCCGACGAUAGCGCCGCCUUUCAGCGCAGGCGCGACUACACCUUCUCCAUAUACGACGUUUACGGCCGCGACUCGGUCGCCUUCCCCAACUUUUCCCUCGACGAUGCCGCUGCCGCUGGCGGUGGCAUCGUCCCCGCAGCGAUGGCGCGCACACAGGCUGCACGGCAACUCUCGCGCCAGCAGCAGGGCCACGCACAGCAGCGUGCAUCCGGCUCCCUCUCGGGCUCGAACUCCGCCACAGCCUCGGGCGCAGGCCUGGCCAGCGCCGUGAAUCACUUGACGCUCAACACGCGCGACGCCAAUGCCGCGGCGGCGGCAGCUGCAGCAGCGACGUCCUCCGCGGAUCCGAUCACGCCGCGGCCGCUUCUGUUUGCGUCUGAUGCAGGCGCAGGAGCAGGGAGUGUGAAAGGCGGCAGCGGCGCGCCGUCAUCGGCGACCAGCGCGGGGCUCGCACUGUGGCAGGCAGGCGCUAAGCGCCCCAAUGCUCCGCCUCCGCUCGACGGGAUGCAAUUACCCCCGCAGCCACAGGCAUCUCUACAGCCGUCUCAACAGCAGCAGCAGGCCUCCUUGCAACAAGGCCCGGUCUUCGGCUUCGAUCCGCGGCGCAGGCCUUCUGCGCAGGCCGGCAAUGGUCCAGGCGGCCUUGGUCUGCCACCGUCUUCGACGACGAACCGGGCGCAGGACAUACCGUCGCCAACGCAGUCGAGCUUCCGCCCGCUUGUGUCCUCAGGUUUGGGCAGCGGACCUGGCGGGCCUGGUGGGCUCGCGCCGCUCUCCACCAGUCCCGGAACCGGACCCUCCGGGCCAGGCAUGUCAGGCGGGUACAACAACUCGAUGCGCUCUCCGUACGGCAGCCUUGCGCCCGGUAGCAACGGCGGCCGCAGCAGCGUGCAACCUGGCGAGCCGCACGGCCGCGUCUCGUCCGAUACAAGCCGCUCCAUCGGCGGCGCGUCUUCACCUGGCUUUCCGCCGACGCGCUCCAGCUCGGACCGCACAUCGAUACGUGAGCGCGGCAGCUUCCAGCUGAAGAAAAACCCUUCGAACCCGUUCCCGUCCGGCACCGCGAGCAAUGCGGCCGGCAGCAGCUCCAACCUCAGUAUCACACCCAACAGCAUCUCGCGCAGCCCCAGCCCGAGCCUGCUGGCCACGAGCCCCGGCGCACAUAGCGCCUCCGGCGGUUUCUCCAGCCCCGGCCUAGCGCCCGGCACACCGAACAGCGCGCAUUUCAGACAGCGAAUACCUUCGCCGGGUCCUCCACCUGGCUCCGCACUGGGACCAGAAACGCCAACGGGCCCAAUGCUGGGUCAGAAUGGCAUGCCAUUGAAGUUUGAUUCACUUGGUUUCAUCGCCGGCACUUCGCCCGACUUCCCUGCGCCGCGCGAAGAUAGCGAGGCGAAGGACAAGUGGAUGCAGGUGCUGCAGGAGAAUGAUUUAGCUGCUGCACGCAAGAGCCGGAAGGUGAAGAAGAUGGUACGCGAUGGGAUUCCCGCAUCGAUGCGUGGGCGCGUCUGGCUCUUCCUCGCCAAUAGCUCCGUCAGGCGGCGGCCAGGCUUGUUUGAAAUGCUUUGCAAACAGAGUCAGGCAGCCAAAGGGAGAAAGGGCAAGGAGGAAGCGUACGACGCCAUCGAGAAAGACGUUGGUCGAUCGUUCCCGGAUCAUCAGCUGUUCAUUGGCGAAAACAGCACAGGGCGGGCGGACCUCGAAGCCAUCUUGAAAGCCUAUGUGCAUUUUAACCCGUUCAUCGGCUACACGCAAGGCAUGGGUUUGAUCGCGGGUAUUUUCAUGCUGCAGAUGCCGCCAGAGGAUGCGUUCUGGAUGCUCUGCGCACUCCUGCGCGAACCGCACAUGGAAGGGUACUUCAGUGGUAAUCUGAAGCAGUUGCACGUCGACGGCGUCGUCUUUGCACGACUACUGCAGCACAUGGAUCCCCAACUGCAGUCUCGCCUCUCCGACCUCGGCAUCGACGCUUCGCAUUUUGCCCCCAAUUGGUUCCUUCCGCUCUUUGUACGCGUUCUACCCUGGCAGACUCUGUUGCGGGUAUGGGACGUGUUCUUCUUUGAAGGUCCUGUUUGGCUUCUUCGCGUCGGGCUUGCGCUGAUUCGCAUCUGCCGAGAUGUCCUCAUGGACUCGAGUGCCAUCCCAGACCACGGCGAGGCACUCAGAGUCUUGCUCCAUCCACCGCAACACUUGUCCUCUCCAGAUAACGUCCUUUCGUGUGCUCUGAGCGCCAAACUCAAAGACGGCGAAGUUAGAAAGCUGUCUCGUAACGCGUCCAAGUUAGUACGGCAGGAUCUGUCCGGUGGUGGCGAGCGGGGACGAGCCUCAAGCCGCGAGGAGAACGCAAGUCGUUCAACAAGCGCUCCUGCACGACCAAGAGCGUGAUUCCAGCGGCGCCCAUUGAUCUCCUUUGUCCUAUUUCCGAUUGUUCGCACCACAUUGUA